AUGGCAGGACGAGAACAAAAACUUUUGAAUAUUUUUACAAAUAUAAUCACAACUCUACCCAUUUUACGCAUAAGAUGUAAUUCUAAUAGUAAGUUAUAUAAUAGUGAGAGAUUUCUUCAUAGGUUUACAUGGUUGAAGUGUAGAAAAAAAUUUUCACUAUUAGAAAAUACACCAUUUUAUUAUAAAAAGCUGGCUGUAAUAGACGUUUUAUUAAUAAUUAAACUUUGGUCUGCUAAAGCUAAACAGACAACAAUAUGUGAAUUUCUUGAACUAGGACAAAGAUUUGUAAGAAAAGUUAUCUAA